GCAGGAGAGUGCUUACGAGAGGAGAUUCGAAAAUCUUUUAAAUAACCACUUGAUGGUUAAAUGAGUGACCUAUCUUGUACAGUAGCUAGUCCCAUAAUAAUAAUCUUUUUUGUUGCAGGUAUAGAAUCCAAACCAGGAAAAUGCCCUCCUGUAACUGGAACGUUAUGUCCUCAACAACAGAACGAUGGUUGCUUUGCUGACUUUGAAUGUCCAGGGAAUCAAAAAUGUUGUGAUAAUCGUUGUGGUUAUACAGCUUGUAUGGAUCCAGUAUCUGGUGAGAAUAUUUCGAUACAUUGUACUUUUAUCAUUUAUAGACCAGGAGCGAGGAGGAUUCGGCGAAAUAUUACCCGAAGUGAUGAUUUUUCCCGAGGGGCUUUAUCCCCCAAGGGUCUAUAAAUGAUUUAUUAUAUGGCAAGCAUUUGUUUUCAUGAAUCGCGUAAUUUGAUUGGCUGCUGACGAGGCAGGAUUUUCCUGUAUUGCCCACCGGCAAUACGCAAUUUUUAUUGCCCUGCGACACAGAAUAAGGUACACAGAAGGUCGACUCGAGUAACCGCUGCCACGCCAUGAUUCAUCAUCAAAAUGCUGACGCCAUGGUCCUAGCCAGUGCGCGUUUGAGAGGCAUUCCCCUCCCCCCUGGACACCCGCCAUUUGGAAUAUUAUCAGGGGGGUAAAUGCUUCUCAAACGCGCACUGGCUAGGACCAUGGCGUCAGCAUUUGAUGACGAGUUACGGGUUACGCCAAAAUCAUAAGGAAAAUCAUAGGAAAAACGAAGAAGUCGGCCUUCUGUGUACCUUUUUUUCUGUGUCUGCGACAAGAGCCGAGUUUCAAACGGCAAAAAGUGUCUAAAAGUCUUUCAACCCAUUCAAAAAGAAGAAAAAUAAACCUAAAUAAAGAAAAGGAGCAACUGCUGUUGUUCAAGAACUUUCUCCAAACGUUUUUGUUAGCGAACGUUGAAAUUUCAAGGUAAAUUUUACAAUGUUUAUAACUAUUAAAACAGUCAGGAAUAGUUGUGUUUUGACUAUGUGAAGAUUUGCAGAUAUAGCCAGGAGGAAUUUGACACCAUCCUAAAUAAAAAAUACAACUAAAGCAGCCACAGAUUUAUAACAUUUCCCUGAAAAAGAGACAUAAAUAUGAGAUAAAGCGAACUAAAAACGUACUUGUCCAUACUGUUUAUUAAUUUUAUUGUUUUCAUAUUUGUUGUCUUUAAUUAAAUGACGAAAUCAUGACCUCCUAUUUUUCUUGAAAUACUAUCCAAACUGUGUUAGGGACCGGUCAUUAUUUAUGGCGGGGGGUGGCACCGAAGAGAAAUGUUUCCCGUGUCAAAAAUUUUGCUGACCCAACCAUUAAAAAGACAAAAAUUUGAUUACCCAACCUGAAAUAUCAAUUAAAAAAUAACUACCCACCCCUGGCCAAAAACUUAACAAAAGGAUACCAUUCAGUUGUCAUACAUGUCCUUUAUCACUUCAGUGACAUGAGUUUGAUAACGGCUUGUGAAAUUUUCUGCAGUCUAAAGUUUCAUGUUGUCUGCACAUGUACUUUCCUUGGAAACACAAUUUGUUUUGUCAAACUAUGAUCAAGAUAGUGACUCUGAUUGACUCACAUAUUGUAUUGACAAAUGACUGUUGACAAUGCUUUCCAGUCUCCAAUAUUUCAGUGGGUCAUGCUUUGGAAAUGACAAUAAAUUUUUAUUACCCAACCCUUGAGUUGUUUUGUUUUUCAUUUACCCAACCUUUUACUUACUCAAAAUUUUGUUUACCCAACCUUUUUCUCUUCGGUGCCACCCCCCGCCAUAAAUAAUGACCGGUCCCUUAGUAGUCUAUAUAAAAGUGCUGUAGAGUAGUUUUACUGACCAAGAGAACAUUUUUUACAAUUGUUUUUUUGUGCAAAUGUUCCGGACUUUGUACUUUGCUCUCGCGUGACCUUUUUUCCCAUUUUUUUUACAAAUGUAAAAUGCCAUAUAAUAAAAAACUUACUUACCUCGGUCUUGCUGUAUUGACCUCGCUAUCGCUCGGUCAAUACAGCAAGACCUCGGUUGGAUAUUUUCCCGUACUGCCCUCACUCUCGGUCAGUAAGUUAUUAAUAUUAUACUGAAUAUUAAAAGCCUCCAAGUUGAGAAUAUACUAAAACUUGCCACAUACCUUCGUCGGUGAAUAGGAUGUUUUAUUUUUUUAUUAAUGUGAUAUGGUUCAAGUCACCCGCUUACGUCAAAUACGAUGACGUAAGGCGUGAUUCGAUGAUAAAUAUCAUACUCACGUGGCACAAACUUAGCUUUCUGAUUGGACACUUUAAUUUAAUAUAACAUUUAUCAGUUAUAGACCUGGAGCGAGGGGGAUUUUGCGAAGUAUUACCCGAAGGAAAUAUCAUCACUGAGUACCGCCAGCGGAGGUUCCGUAAAUGAUAUACCGAAAAUUAAAAGCGUCCAAGUUGAGAAAAUAAAACUUGCCACAUGCCUUCCUAACCAUCGUGAAUAUGAUGUUUUGGUAUUUGUCACUUUUCUUUUAAAUCACGUAUCGUUUGGAAUAUUGAAGAUAACAUUUUCAAAAUUUGCUUCAAAAUUUUAAAAACGAGCUUUUAUGAAGUUUAAAACUUAAUUUUGCGUGAUUGCCGCGCGUGGUUUACGCGAAUCGUAUAUUCAUAUCACCCGGAUGAUCUGAUCAAGUCAUCCCGUGUGAUAUGAUUGAAAUCACCCGCUACGUCAAAUACGUAAGGCGUGAUUCGAUACUAAUAAAUUCCAUGCUCAUGAUCACGUGGCACAAACUUAGCUUUCUAAUUGGACACUUUGAAUUUGGGGUAUGAUAUACGAACUUCUCAUUACUGACAACAAAAUUUGUUUCAUUUUUUGCAGAGGUUUCGUGUAACAUUGCAGUAGAUCUAGGUUUUCUGCUUGAUGCAUCAACAUCAAUAACGCCGUUAAACUUCAACAGAAUGAAAACAUUUAUAAAAGAUCUAGUCAACGAGUUUGACGUUCGAGAAGGCGGAACACACGUGGCAGCGAUUGCAUUUGGAGACAGAGCUAGAAUGAUGUUUGAUUUUAAUGGGUUGCAAGGAAGUAAUCUGACGAAAGAAAAUCUGACCACGAAAAUUGAUGAAAUUCCACAAAUAUCUGGUUCAAAUAGACUGGAUCUGGCAUUGACAAUGGCUAAAGAUGAUAUGUUUUCAUUUACUGGUGGCAAACGAGAUAAGACUCCCAGAGUAAUUUAAUUAAUAAGAGUUUUUAUUAAAAUAUAUCAGUCCAAGUUCAUCCACUACGAUAAGCAAUAACGUUUCCCACCAAAUUGAGAAAUAAAGUAUGAUUGCAGAAGCAAUGUUUUCAUGUUUGUCCAUUUUCGCUAAACGUGGCUUGGAGACAACGCUUCCGCAACAAUAUUUGCGCUGUGUCAAAUUCAAAACAAAUAUUUUUUGUGUUUGUUUUUUUAUUGCGGAAGUUUUGUUUUCAACUGAGUUGGUUGUUUUACUGCUCUUUGUGUUGUUCCCUAGCAACGUACUUCCUCGUACAGACGAUCAAGUUUUCCUUGACAACUUUCUUGACGAGUUUAUUCGCUGUGUACGACGAAUGAGUUCUUUCUCUGACACGUUUUACGCGCCCGCGCUAUUUAAGUACGUCAAAAAUUUCAUGUUAAUUUUCGUUUCAAUAAAAUUGAAAACGACCGAAACUGUCUGCUAUAUCACAUUCAAAAAUAAACGACAUUUAAUGACGCUGGUCGCUCGAAGCUGAGUGACGCACUGAGCAAUGACCUUUUAGGUUUCCUUGACAACCCUGCAUGACUAGCUUUUGAGCUCCUUGUCAAGGAAACAUUUGUCGUAUUUGUUGAAGGAAAACUGACGCAUCUCUACCGAACUUUCUUUUUUCAUAUUUGUUUAAUAUCUAGUUCCUUGUGAUUGUAACGGACGGAAUUGGAGAUGUAUGGAGUCAAAACCUGGCUAAGUUACGAGAACUUGCAAAGACUUUAAAAGAUGGUCGGGUUGAACUUCUCGUUGUUGCAAUUGGCGAUGACGUCAGAGUUGAAGAGUUCAAAAGAAUUUCAUCUGGAGAAAAGACUGUGUACAAUCCAAAACUGUUUAGUGAUCUAAGAACUUUAUACAAAGAAGUUGCUGUUCGUUCAUGUAAAGGCAAGUUCUAGUAUUAGUUAGUCCGUACUGUAGAAAAAGUUGUACCAACACAGUCGUAUAAAAUGGUAG